AUGGCUAUCACCGAAAGAGUUAUCUUGUCAGUCAAAGGGGGUGUCGAUGAAUGGAAAGAUGCCCUCAAGUCCAUGCUUCAAACAUUGAAGGUUCAGGAUGGCUACCUUCGCACUCGAUGGGGACCCCAUAGCGAAGACCAACAAAAGCUUGAGCUUCUUAUUGGUUGGGAGUCCAUAGAUGGUCUAACCAAAUUCCAAGCCUCCCCAGCCUUCCAAGAAAUGCUUUCUCAAGUCAGACCAGUUCUCACCGCUCCCCCCAACAUCAUCGUCAUCGAAUUCAAACCCUACGCCCCCAAAGAAGUUAUCGACGCUCACUUCGUUCAGAUGCUCACCAUAGAACAAGGAACCGCAUCCGAAGAUGAUCUUCGAGCUCAAAUCUCCAAGUUCAAAGGUCUUGAAGGCUGCACUGGUGUGGCGUCCGGUCUAUCUCGUGAAGAUGUGGAUGGAAAGGGGAAAGUGUUCGUGGCGGCGGUGGGAUGGGAUAGCUUGGAGGCGAGCGAAACGGCAAAGGAUAGUAAGGUUGAGGCGGUUGGUGGGGCGGAGAGUCAUCAUGUGAACUUCAGGUUCCCAAUUAAGGGAUUCCGUGGUUUGUGA